AUGCAGGGAAAAAGAGGCAGGGGAGGAAGAGGAGGGCAGGCAGGCAGGAACGGAAAGGCAGGGGAGGCAGAGGAGGGAAGGCAUGGAAAGAGAGGAAGGGGAGGGAAGGCAGGGAAAGAGAGGCAGGGAAGGAAAAGGAGGGCAGGCAGGCAGCCAGGAAAAGAGAGGCAUGGGAGAAAGAGGAAGGCAGGCAGGGAAAGAGAGGCAGAAGAGGAGGGGAGGACAGGCAGGAAAAGAGAGGCAGGGGAGGAAGAGGAGGGAAGGCAUGGAAAGAAAGGAAGGGGAUGGAAGGGCAGUCAGGCAUGGAAAGAGAGGCAGGGGAAGGAAUGGGAUGGCAUACAGGGAAAGAUAGGAAGGGGAGGGCAGGCAGGCAGGGAAGGAGAGGCAGGGGAGGAAGAGGAGGGAAGGCAUGGAAAGAAAGGAAGGGGAUGGAAGGGCAGUCAGGCAUGGAAAGAGAGGCAGGGGAAGGAAUGGGAUGGCAUACAGGGAAAGAUAGGAAGGGGAGGGCAGGCAGGCAGGGAAGGAGAGGCAGGGGAGGAAGAGGAGGGCAGGGCAGGCAGGGAAAGAGAGGCAUUGGAGGAAGGGGAGGAGAGGGAUGGCAGGGAAAGAGAGGCAUGGGAGGAAGGGGAGGGCAGGCUUGGAAAGAGAGGAAGGGGAGGGCAGGGAGGUUAG